ACAGAGAUGUCCCCGCCCAGGUUUUGCAUAUAUAAAAAGUGAGCAGCCAUUUUCAUUCUGGAAUGUUUACAAAGAUUCUAAAUCCAAGAAGGUAGAUCAUUUUCUCCACUUCAAGAAUUCUUGUAUUCUGUUACCAUGGCAGCUGUUGGACAACGAGGCACAGUCAAGGAAUUUCCUGGGUUCAAUUCCCAGGAAGAUGCUGCCAAAUUAAGAAAAGCAAUGAAAGGUUUAGGUACUGAUGAAGAUGCUAUUAUUGAAGUAUUGGCCAAAAGAACUAUCGCCCAGAGGCAGCAGAUCAAACUGGACUUCAAGACUGCCUUUGGCAGGGACUUGAUUAGUGAUCUUAAGUCUGAAAUAUCUGGGAACUUUGAGAAGGUGGUUCUUGGACUGAUGAUGACUCCCGUCUUGUAUGAUGCACAUGAACUGAAGAAUGCAAUAAAGGGCGCUGGUACGGAUGAAGGUUGUUUGAUUGAAAUUUUGGCUUCGCGGAAUAAUCGCGAAAUCCAGCAGAUUGUUGCCACUUACAAGAAAGAAUUUGGCAACAGUCUGGAGGACGAUAUCUGUGGGGACACUUCUCACAUGUUCCAAAGAGUGCUCGUGUCCCUAGCAACGGGAAACAGAGAUGAAGGAGAUCAUGUAGAUGAGCAGCAAGCCAAGAAGGAUGCACAGAUACUGUAUGAUGCUGGUGAGAAACAAUGGGGAACGGAUGAAGUUGCAUUCUUGAGCAUUCUCUGUAUUAGGAACCCAUUUCAUUUGAAAAGAGUAUUUGAAGAGUAUAAGAAGAUUGCUAACAAGGACAUUGAGGCCAGCAUUAAGGGAGAGAUGUCUGGCAGCCUUGAAAAUGCUUUAUUGGCAAUUGUUAAGAACAUGAAGAACCAACCUGCUUACUUUGCUGAGAGGCUGUACAAGUCCAUGAAGGGAGCUGGUACAGAAGACAGCACCUUGAUCAGGGUGAUGGUGUCCCGGUGUGAAGUUGACAUGCUGGACAUUAGAGAGGCGUUUCAAAGGAUGUAUGGAAAGUCAUUGUAUUCCUUUAUCAAGGGUGAUUGUUCUGGAGAUUACAAGAAGAUCCUCCUCCAACUGUGUGGCGGUGAAUAAUUUAAGCAGCUUCCUGUGUCAUUUCAAGGUGGAAUGGAUUGAAGACCCUGCAAAACAGAGUGGCUAUGCCCCUCAUUUAGUGACUUGCUUUAAUUAUAUGCUUAUUGGGCCUUAACUCUUUUGCCUUAAUUAUGAUCUUGAAAUAUGCUAUUCUAAUCAAUGCAUUUAAAUAUGGAAAGCUAAUAUGAAAUGCUAAGCAGCUGCACUAUGUACAAAUCAACUCCGAGACCUUAUUGCAAAACUGGACAUACACUCAAGUCAUUAGUAAAUUGCUAUUCUUCAAAGCUCCAGUGCUGAUCUGAACUUUGAUAGCUGGGGCAUGCCAUUUCUAGCUUUUAAAUGGCCUUCCACUCUUGGAUGAAAAGGGAUGGAUCAAGCAAUGCAUACAAUCUACUACAGUGUGAAAUAAAGAGCAAUAGCUUAGAGGAUGUGAUUUGAAACACUAAAUUUAAAGCUAAUAUUCAGCGCUAUUGAAUCCUGGCUCCUGGUCCAAUGAAGUAACAUCUUGCAUCUUAAACUUAAUGUUAGAAAAUACUGAAGGGGAUGCAAAGACGGCCCUGCCGUGUUUUGGACCCCAGUCUGAAAUCUCUCAAAAUAGUUUCAUAGGUCAAACAGAGUUGUUCUCUGGGUUGUGUUUUCUCCUUAACUAUGGUGCAGUGAGGAAUCCCCUCAGCUAUAUAAAUCUUAGCUGGGAGCAGGGGGUGUAAAUUACUGAGAAUCUACAAUUGAGUAAUGAAAGUGUACAGGAUGCCUGUAACAACAUUUUACAAAUUCAAAUAGAUUGUACACAAAUCAAUUGUAUUGUCUUGGAUGAACAUCUCUGGCUGUGUAAUUUGUCAGAUGCCACCUGUAAAUAGUUAAAUUUUGCAUGAGUACCACUUUGAAAACUGGAAGCAGUGAGCCAUUGCAGUAAUCUACCUGUUGUAAUUCAAGGCUGUUCUAUUCAAAUAGUACAUUCCAUUUUAAUUGUACUGAUACAUUACAAUCCUAUUCCAAUAUAAACACUUGAAGAAAAUUCUUA